AUGAUUAAUAUCUCCAAACUCAUAAAGCAAAGACAAUAGUACUCUACCAUAUUGGAAGACAACUCAAAAUUAUUCAUCAAACCUAUUGAUGAGCUAGGGGAUGUCACCUUUAGGGGUGAGUUUUUAAUUGAGAAGAACGGAAAACUGAAAAAGAAAUAAAUUUAAUUUUAGCAACACAUCCUUGUUUAUUCCAAAAAUAAACAUAUUAAUAUAUUGAAUGCUACAUUGUUGUUACAUCUCACUAAUCUCAAUGAAAUUGAAGGGUUGAAGUUUAUAAAAUCAGGUACAUCUAUCGACAUCUAUAAUAACGUAAUUGAAUUAUACAAUUAUGCUCGUAAGUACUGUAUUUAGAGGGAUAUUCCAGAGAGAUACAAAAUUACUUCAACAUUAUAUUAUGGCAGUAAUGCUACUUUCCUGUAACUAGAGUCUACAUUGCAGCAUAAGGCUGUUUACGUUGCCAAAAUCUAUGAAAAAUAAAACUAUACUACUUAAGACUAGGUUUCUGGACUUAAGAAAGAAGUUCAGAUUCUAAGAUAGUUGAAUCAUUCACAAAUUUCAAAUCUUGUGGAGAUAUAUGAAAAUGAUGAAUUGAUUUUUUUGAUAAUGGAGGAAUUGAAAGGGGAGACUUUAUAAGGACUUUUAGAAAAUUCAUAAGAAUUCAAUGAGAGCCAAAUCAAAUAAAUCAUGAGACCUCUAUUUGAGUGUGUUGCCUAUUUACAUAAUAAUAAUAUUUUUCAUAGAGAUAUUAAGCCAUAGAAUAUUAAAUUUAGAUAAUCUGAUGAUUAUCUUUAGCCCUGUUUAAUUGAUUUUAGUUUGGCUGAUAAUUGGAAUAAAAAUGGCAGAUACUUGUUCACAAGAUGUGGAAGUGUUGGUUAUGUGGCUCCUGAAGUGCUUUAAGACAAGAAAUACAUUCUCAAUAUAGAUGUCUAUAGUUUAGGAGUCAUUCUAUACAUAUUGGCCACUAAGAAACAUCCCUUCGAAGAUGCAGAACAUAGUAAAAAGAUACUCAAAAAUUAUAAUGGCAAAGUAGAUUUUACUUAAGUUCAAUGUUCUCAAAUUCUUUUGGAUCUAAUAAGAAAAUGUCUAGAGGUAGAUUUUACAACGCGACCAAGUUGUAAAGAAAUAUUGAGUCAUCCCUUUUUCAGUAACAGAAUUCCAAAAUUGCUUUCAUUUAAAAUAAAAGAUCAAAGGAAAUCUACAGGUAUAAAAUCUGCAAGAAUUAUACAUUUUAAUAGUGCUAAUAAUUUAGCAUUAGAAGAAUCUAUGAAUAGUCUCAGCUAAUCCAAAUCUCCUUCCUCAUUUGGUAGUUAAAGACGUUCUCUCAAAUUAUAAAAACAAAAAACUGUAUUUCCUGAAAUCAAUAUUUCAUAAAGCAAAUCAAAGUAUUUUUAAACUAGAUACACUCAAUAUGAAAGUUUGAAUUGA